AUGCAGGCUAGGCAGCAGGCCCUGAUCCUGCCUGGCAUCGGCGGUGUGCUGGCCUCGCAAGGCUUCGACUUGGCCGCGGCCAAGCAGAGCUGGGCGGAGGCGCAGGAGCGCGAGGCCCGGGCCGCGCUGGACGCGGUGGAGGCGCGCUGCCGCGACGAGAUGCUGGCCAUGACGGCGGAGUUCGCGCUGGCGAAGGAGCGGCUCCGCAAGGAAGCGAUCGAGGUGCAGCAGGAGGCGGACAGGCGCGUGCGGCUCAGCGAGGAGACCGCGGCGGCGGCCCUGAGGACGUACCAGGAGGAGAUGGAGCAGCGCAUGGCUCACUUCAACCAGGAGAGCCUGGUGGUCGAGCAGCGGUUCCAGCAGAGGCGCGUGCUGGCCGACGGCGAGGUGCUGGACCAGCGCCGCCGCGCCGACGCGGCGCUCGCCGACGCCACGCAGCGGGUCGAGCUGGUGCGCAGGGACUGCGCCGAGGAGUCCAGCAGGUUGCAUAAACAGUGCGACCGUUUCCUCAUGGAGAUGCAGGAGGAAUUGCAGCGCAUCACCACCGUCAACGACCAGCGCGUCCGGCUUGCUCACGAUGCGCUGAUGAACUACAUGUCCGAGCAAGAGGAGGCCGCCCUCCGCGUCCUCGCGACGCUCCGCCAGGAGCAGGAGGUGAAAGCCAUCGCCUACGACUACGAGGAGAGGUGGGGCCCCAAGGAGUACGGCUCCUGGAGGGCCGGGCUCGACGGCUUCCAGGUGCGCUCCGCCCGCCGGGCCGAGGCCUGCCGGCGGAGCGAGGAGGCCUACCGCGGCCUCGAGCGGCGCUGGGCGGAGGCCCGCGAGCGCCAGGACCUGGAGGAGAGGCGGCGGAAGGAGGCCGCCGAGCGUGCCGUGCAGCGCAGCCGCGAGGCGGUGGAACACAGAAAGUGGCGCGAGGACGCCGUCCUGGCGCGCCGCGCCGAGGAGCGCGCCCGCGUGUUGGAGCACGAGCGCUUCCGCGAGGACUGCGCCCGGCUGCGGCGGGGCCUGCCGCCGAACGGCGGCGCCCCAGCAGCCGCGGCGGCGGUGGCGGCCUCCGCUGCCGCGCGCGGCGCCUGUGUGGCCGGCGCGCCGCGAGCGGCGCAGGACGCGGCGAACUCCCUCGAGGGCUCCACGUCGCGGCCGGGCACUGCCAGAAGCCUUGGCAGGGCCGUUGGCCAUGGCCUGCGAGACGCCGAGCGCCGCAAGCUGGACGAGGUCGAGAUGCACGCCGCCAUGCCAGCCGCUUGUUUCGACGCCAUCAGUGGCGGCUGGAACCCGAGGGUGGCGAGGACACAGCAGGACUUGCACCAGCAGGGGCUCGAGAAGGCGCAGUCCAAGUAUGAGCGGGCCAAAAACGCCCUCGCGCAGUCCAUGCAGGCCGCAGCCCAGGCCAAGGCCGACCUCGCCGAGGCUCAUGCCGCCGCCGAUGUUGCGGCCGCCAAGGCAGUUCGGCUCGUGCACAUUUGGGUCGUGACCUUGCCGUCCGCCUCGACCGCGUUCGUGUCCGCGUUCCUCGUUGGCUUCCACUUCCUCGUCUGA